CCUCUCCUUACGCAUAUUUAAGGCGUCCCUCCGGCUAAAAAACCCGAGCGAGAAAGAGGGGAAAAAUGGAAGCCCUCUCCUUCAGGAGGGGCUCCCCUAUUUCCCCACCUUCUAACCCAAGCACGGAAGCUGGCUACGACUCUGCAGAGAAGGAAGCAAACAAAAAGAAGACAAAGCCCGCGAGAUCGAGAAGGAUUGGGGAGGAACGGAACAAUGGAGCUCCACCGCGGUGGCAGCGGAAAGGGAAGGGCGCUGUGAUGCUGGAAGGUUACUUUGAAGUGACAGAAGGAGGUCAGAAAAGGUCAGAAGGAGGAGAGGAAAUGGUGGGGAGGACGAAAAGCUUGACCGACGAUGAUCUGGAGGAGCUUAGGGGGUGUUUGGAUCUAGGGUUUGGAUUCGUCUAUGAGGAGAUCCCUGAGCUCUGCAAUACUCUGCCCGCUCUUGAGCUUUGCUACUCGAUGAGUCAGAAAUUCCUCGACGAGCAGCAACAGAAGCACUCUAGUGGUGUGGCCGGGGAGGUGGGAGCGCCAUCAACACCAGUCGCUAACUGGAAGAUCUCCAGCCCUGGAGACCAUCCUGAUGAUGUUAAAGCAAGGUUGAAGUAUUGGGCUCAAGCAGUGGCAUGCACCGUCAGAUUAUGCAACUGAAGUGCAGGUUUAAAUCCCUCCAUUGUUUU